AUGGACCCAACAAUCUACAACGAUCAAUACCGUCUAUUGAUCUGUACCACUCAUGGGUACGCUAUAUUAUCUCUCGAGUCACAUCUUCGAAAUGAGCAUCGAGAUCUUAGUCUUCAGCAACGAAAAGAGAUUCUUUCUGCCCAUAAGGGCCAAGUCUAUGCUAGACCAGACGAGAUAAAUAUACCAUCACCACAUCAACCACCCAUUGACGGUCUCGCAUCACCGAUUCCAGCGUUUCUUUGUGCGGCGCAAUUCUGUGGCAAUGUUAGUAGCAAUAUUAAAACCAUUGAACAACACGCUCGUCAUCACCAUCAAUGGAAAAAGACAACACAACAACCGGUUUUUUGGAGUCAGGUUCAAGCGCAAACUUUUUUCGUUUCUCGAGGACUCCGAAAAUACUUUGUUGUGCGCUCAGUCUCAAAUUCUUUACCCCAUACUACAUCGACAUCCGGUCCAUCUAGUGUCCGGACCGCACGAGAAAUCCACGGCCACGAAGUUCGGCAGUCAUCUAGUUCAAAUCCGACUGAUGUUGUCCCGCCCGCUGGUGACAAUGCUCGAACAAUUAUGCAGUGUCUCCAGGAGAAAAGAGCCGUGCUUGAUACCGUCCAUGAAACCAAAAUGCAACGACUCGAGAUAGGGUUGUUGAAACAAGAUCGCACCGGUUGGUACAAUCGAACCAAAUGGCAAGAUCAUUUCCACGGUCGCAAUCUUGUGUAUCUUGCGUGGGCGACUCGAAUGCCGGAGAAGAACGAGCCAGUACUACAAGAGAUCUUGAAUGUGUUUGAUAGACUUGCCGUCUGGUCGGCUGAUAGUGUUACUACACUCGAUCAUGAGUCACGACGUUGGUUACGCAGUGAACAGGCGACCGUGAUUUCCGCCCGACCAUUCAAUCGACUUCAAAAUGCCGACAGUGAGGAUCGAUACUUCAUGUAUAUUCGACGAUUUAUCUGUUAUACUUGUCGAGUAUGGGACUCCGAGAUUCAGACCCGAAGGCGUACACAUUCUACUCAAUCCCCUCAAUGUACGAACGACGAUGAAACCAGCAAUCCGCAAUCUUCUACAACUAUAUCUAAUCCAAUGUUUAAUCAUAUACAAACUAAUAUCUUUUCAGUCAGGAGAUCUCGAACACUAUAUCAAGAGAUAGACUCUGACAAUACUACUAAUAAUAAUGAUAACGACGAUAACGACGACGAUGAUGAUGACGAUAAUAACGACGAUAAUGAUGACAAUAACGACGAUAAUGAUGACAAUAACGACGAUAAUGAUGACAAUAACGACGAUAAUGAUGACAAUAACGACGACGAUGAUGAUAACGAUAACGAUGAUGAUGACGAUAACGAUGAUGAUGACGAUAACGAUGAUGAUGACGAUAACGAUGAUGAUGACGAUAACGAUGAUGAUGAUGAUAACAACAACAAUAAUAAUGAUGAUGACAACAAUAAUAAUAAUCAUGACGAUAAUAACGAACAACUAUCCAGAUCAUGUACACCAAACACAGAGAGAAGUAACGAUGACACAACAGAAGACAUUAUGAAAGAUGCGCGUGAGCUAUUCCCAUGGACUGAUAACCAGUUUCAAGCAACCACGAACAUGGUGAAUUCCGUAUGUACAUUUAAGGAUGAUGAAGCUCGAGGUCGUCAAGUUACAGACUCGAGUAAGACCGAGGCGGUUCAAUUAUUUCUUCAGCAAUUUAUCUUUCAUCAUGUCGGUGGCGAGCCGUUCAAGAGUGGGUUAAUUCAUUUUGUCGCCGUACUCGGCAUUGACGAGGAAAACCGUCGACUCAGGGAGGCGAUCAACUUUUCUUAUGUCGUGGCCGGUUUGGUCUGGUCCAUUCGAGUGUUGGCCGUGGAGAUUCUACUUCCGGCGCACAAGCGAGAGACCCAGCCCGAUAGCCAUGAGCGACGACUCAAGUUUCAACGUUAUCGUCGUGAAUAUUUAGUCGAUGGGAGUAGUACGCCCAUGAGUGAGCUCAUCAACUUACUCGCUUACGGAAAGUACAUCGCACUUAAUACGAGUAAUGCCGGCAGUAUGACUUGGUCUCGAGAUGGCGAAAUCAUCUAUUAUCAUGGACUAUCCAUUCCACUCAACUCGGUCCGCUCCAUGAUUAUCAGCAACAUUGAACGCGCGGAAGAGCUAUUAUGGCGCGAGUUGAUGUGGACAUCGAACUUGGCCCAACGAUUCACCGUCGAUUUGGAUCAAUUGGAGGAUGAUCUCCCAUUCACCCGUCGUGGCUGGUCAUUCUUGAAACGUGAAAGGAACCAGCUGGCCAAUGGCUAUGACUGGAUGGCGGCGAAAGCCAGUACACAACGAGGUAAACGACGUCUACUUCGUGUCAACGGCACGUGGCAGCUCCGCGGGGUUCGACGAUGGCUUCAGCACACCACAUACUUUCUCGAACGACUCUUGUUCGCUAUGCACUCAACAUACGGACCCGUCAGUCGUGGUACCGAGAUCACCGCCAUUCGAUUUCGUAAUGGCGCCACGGCCGAUCGCAACUUUUUCAUCAUCGACGGCAGUGCUUGCAUCAUCACCCGCUACCACAAGUCCCAGCAACUCUUCGACACUCCCAAGGUCAUUCCACGUUUCUUGCCGUGGCGGGUGGGUCAGCUGGCGGUCUUGUACUUGGUCUACAUUCAACCGUUUCGUGAACUAUUAUUAAGUGAGACGCAGAAUCUCGACCCGAGUGACCAUCUCUGGCACAAUGACAAGGGCCCGUGGGAAACCGACCAAUUAACGCGGGUCAUCAAGCGCGAGACGGCUCUCGGACUCGGGCAUCGAUUCAACACGCUGGACUUUCGACACAUCGCCAUUGGGGUGGGACGACGAGUGAUCGGUGACCAGUUCGGCCGAGGCUCCAAGGACGAGGUGGGCGAGAUCGAGGAACCGGAACAGGAAGGUGAGGAUCCCAUCGAGUUACAGAGUGGACGGACGGAAGCCAUGGGCGCGUCACGAUAUGCCGUCCCCGCGGACAUCAUCAAGCACUUGAGUGUACGCUCGUUGGACACAUUUCGACCAUUGAGCGAGGGCUGGCAUCGAUUUCUCGGCUUGGUCAGU